AUGCCAGUCACCAUCUACCCAGCCCCUCACGGUGCAAAUGCGUUGACGCAAACAACAUUCGCCAAGACCGCCAGGCAGCUCCUUCCAUAUUCUGAAAAUGAACAAGUCAAGAACGAUCAUAUCAUCCAAUCUACCUUCAAGAAGCUCGAUGGAAAAAACUUAUCAUCUAUAAACAAUGGAUUUGUAGAUAGUGCAGUAUCAGCUUAUAACCAACAUUAUAAUCUGAUUAUUCGACCGGAAGAUGUCUGGUUCAGUAUCCUCACUCAAUUCAAUUUCAACGUCAACGCAAACUCGGAAAAGCUUCGUUCCACAUUUGUCGCGCAUGAAGGACAGAAAGAACUAAUCAUAGACGAUCUCAGCGACAUCAAAAGCAGAGAUGGAUCUGGAGUCUUCGGUGUAGAUUGGGGUAAAUUCUCCUUCAAAAUGACCAAGAUGAUUGCGCAGAAUAUCAAAGAUCCGAGCCUUCGAGAGUGGAUCCUGCCUACCUUCACAACAACUACCAAAGACGAUCAAACGGUCGCAUCCAUCAUUAUGAUGGCUACUCUCAAGAACUUCUUUAGUUAUGGAUGUGGUAUUGCGUGUGGAAUACCCUCAGUAACUUUACUGGGCGAGCAAUCUGAUUGGGAGCAGAUUUUGACUAAAGUCGAGCGUCUUAGCACGUUUGGUAAAGAACCGACACAAUGGCUUGAGCUACUACGACCGGUGUUGAAACGAUUCGUUUCCAAUUUUGACGCGCCGAAUUCCGACGAGGCGAAGGACUUCUGGCAAAAGAUUGCUCAUCGUUCCGGUGGUGGUUCGGGUCCGUCGUAUUUGAGCGGUUGGAUCACCGCUUUCUGUUUCUGGAAUACGAAGGGAAAAGCGUAUUAUGACCCAAAGUAUAAUCCACCGGCAGAAGGUGAUACUAUGCAUACCAUGGGCAGUGAUACCCCUGUGCUUGUGCUUGAUGGAGCAAGGUAUCAUAGAAUUGAGACUGAUGAGGUGCCAUCUGGGUGGGCUUCGGUGCCGGUGAAAUUGAUUGACGAUCUUGUCAUCACGGAGACUGUGAUGGUUGCUGGAUCUCUGGGAUAUGAGGCAUCAUCAAGCGGUAAAGAUCUGCACAAAAAACCAGGGGAGACGGCGUUGGAUACUCUGGCUCCGGUGACCGGAUGGUUCAUGUAUGAGACGAAGAGCCAAGAUGAGAUUGCGGCAGAGAAGACAGCUGCGAAAGAGGCAGAACUGAAGAGACAUGAGGAUCGUAUGAGGGAGAUCAAAGAGAACUAUAAGGUAGAUUGGUGA